AUGGAUGGUUCUUGCAAUAUCGUCGUGGUUGUUUUUCUUUGGUUACUUACCUUAUCAAAUGUUGAUUUAUGCAUUUGCAGAACAUCUUAUGAGGUUCAGUGCCUUCCAAGUGAGCGAGAUGCCUUACUUAAGAUGAAGAGUCAUCUCUCAGAUCCUUCAAACAGGCUAACCUCUUGGUCUCUCCAUGCAAAUUGCUGCAGCUGGGUUUCAGUUGUUUGCCACAACAUCAUAGGCCAUGUUCUUGAGCUCCACCUCACGACUCCACCUCCUUUACAGUUUGGCGGCGAUGAUUUGCAUGAGACAUUAAUGUUUGGUGGUGAGGUACAUUCUUCCUUGCUUGACUUGAAGCAUUUGAAUUAUUUGGAUUUGAGCAGUAAUUAUUUUGGAGGCAUGCAAAUACCUGGUUUUCUUGGCUCAAUGAAAAGCUUGACGUAUCUUAACCUAUCUCAUGCUGGGUUUGGUGGAAGCAUUCCUCUUCAAUUUUGGAAUCUUUCCAAUCUGAUCUAUCUUGACCUUGGAGGCAAUUAUUUGGAAGGAAGCAUUCCUCAUCAAAUUGGAAAGCUCUCCAAUUUGCAAUAUCUUGAUCUCGGAGGUAUUGAAUCUAGUCUAAGCAUUCCUCGUCAAAUUGGAAAUCUCUCCAAUUUGCAAUAUCUUGAUCUUGGAGAUAAUCAGUUUGGUGGAAGCACCCCCCGUCAAAUUGGAAACCUCUCAAAUCUAAUCAAUCUUCAUCUCGGAUAUGUUGAAAACCUCCAAUGGUCCAAUUCCUCAUCAAAUUUGCCACAUGAGUGUCUUACAAAUCUUGGACCUCGCGCAUAA